UGUACACUUGUUUGUUGUUCUUUGAUCGUCAUUUUCACAAUGAUAGACAUCUUUGCGUACUCUUGUCUUCUUUCUGCUCUGAGUAUUGUGGAGAUGAAGCCUCUCAUCAUUGGUGGCCGUGUUGGGGAAAAUGUGACAUUCAGAUGCUCAGAGUGGAAUACUUGGAUGAAUGUAGAAUCUAAUGAUAAAUACUUUUGUAAUAGUCCAUGCACAGAAGACAAACACAUUAUCAUCAAAGCAGCAUUUGGAGAGACUAAACAUAACAACAGAAUAAAGUUGACUAACAGAGCAAAAGGUUUAGUUGUAACCUUCAGUAAUCUCCAAAAGUCAGACUCUAAGACAUAUUAUUGUGGAGUGGUGAGAUUUGCCCGUGAUUCAUUUAUAAUGGUGAAUCUUAAAGUUACAGAUGCUGAGUCUUCAAGUCCCAAGACAACCCCUGAAACAGUCAUUGAUGGUUCUACUCCCUCAUUUGCUGUAUCAAACAGCUCCCAUGAGUCUUUAAGCAGCUCAGAAAUGAUAACUGAUAUGGCUAGAUCAUACAUGACAACAACACCUACUGCAUCAGCAACACAAGGAGCCGGAAGUGUACCAUAUGUGAUCAUAGGUGUCACUGUCAUAAUAACCAUACUGAUGGUCUUACUGAAGCUCAUGAGGAAGAUGAGUAUGAAACAACUGAAAUUUGUGUCAAGUGCUGAUACACCAAAGGAAGACGUACCAGAGAGUGCAGGUCCUGAUGGAGUCUACCAAUCACUCCACCCGUUGACGAUGGACAUAGACCAAGUCUACAGCAUUCUUACACCCACAAGGCACUCCACACGGCUAUGUCAUAACAUUCAAUGAUCAAUGCAGCAGGAGCUAUUGCGUUACUCUUACAUAGCAGAACGUUAAAUGAUUGAAAAAACAAAAACAAACAUAUGUUCCACUCUGACCUGCAGCUACUAACCUUAAUGCCAUUUGGUUCCCUUUACAAAAUGAUGUGGCCACUUUGUAAAUACAGUAUGUUGAACAAAUGUGUUAUCUAUCAAUUACUGUAAAUGCAUAUUUAUUAUGUAAUUUGACAUCUAGUCUGAUAGCAUACAGCAAAUGUUAUGUUCCCACUGAGUGCAGGUCCUGAUGGAGUGUAACAAACAGACUACACAUCCACAAAGCUAUGUCACAAAUUGACUGGUCUAAACUGUCCCACAUUUAUGGAUUAAAAUGGAUCUGAUGAAUGUCA